AUGAACUUUCAUUCCAUACUCACAGACCUCUUCGGCGCAUCUCUAAUGAGCAGCAAUCCUCACCAGGAAGUUGUCGAUGACUUUGACGUAAGGAGACACGGAGGCGGCAUGGGCGUCUGGCUCGGUAUCUGGACAUGCUGCUACAUUGCUUCCCUCGGCCUCGGAUUCUUGAUUGGCGCGGCGGUGAUCGACAAUCUCCAACCAGCUUGGGGGUUCUACAUCAGCAUCAUCCUUGUGGCCGUGGUCCUUCUACUGAACACCCUUUGCCCAGAAGUACGCCGCUCCGCCUUCAGAAGAUCAGUCGUCGAAGUCAGAACCGGUACUGACAUCAGCCGGCGUGUUGCUCGCGGCGAGGUCAUGAUGCACCGCGUCAAAGAUGGUCCCAGAUGGUGGGGACAGGAAAUGUAUCAUGGAAUUGCACUCUGCUUCGAAAUGCUUCGACAGCCCGGCUUCGCCAUCAUUGCGGUCUACUCUGGCUGGAUCUACGCCCAAGUUGUUCUCGUCAUCGUCUUGCUGGGUUCACUAUCCUCGAGGUUCUACCGAAUGCGGUCACCAUACGUCGGACUCAUGGUGGCCGCAAUGACAUUUGGGGCUGUUCUUGCGAUACCGUUUCAAAAAGCCAGCUACUUUUCCCGAGCAAGACAUACUCAAGUCAACACCAGCCGUUUGACAUUUGACAAGCAGAUCACAUGGACAUCACAUCUCCUCCGCCGCUCCGUAUUCGCCAUCGGCCUUCCUCUAGCAGGCCUCGUCUACACCUUGGUGUCUACAGGCCCGCCUAUGCAUCCAAGUGCUCCCGCCAUUGUUGCUGCUGCGAUCGGCUUUCUUUCAUGUCUAGCGAUUUCGGAAUGCAACGGACUCAUCAUGGAAACUUUUGACACUUCGGAUCUUCAACCCGGAAUGACGGGCCGUCCUCGGGGCAACUCGGACAUCGCCCAGAAAAAGAAGAACUACUCAGCCUAUCCUCGUGUAACCGCCGGAUUUUCUGUCUGCCAUACUUUGGGCUUCAUCUUUGCAGCAGGAGCCUCUGGACUCGGCGGCAUGGCACAAAGAAAUCUGGGUCAGAGAGCAGCUACUGGAGUGGUUGCCGGUAUAUUGCUUGUGUUGACAGUCAUGCUAUUGCUGGCUUUGGUUCGCUUCAAAGAGGUAGUGAUUAUCCCCGAGAGCAAAGCUGGCGAGAUGGAAAAGUGGACUACUGUCCGAAGACAAUCAAUUAAACGCCGCGACUCAAUGCCCGCUGGAGCAGUUAACGACAAAGAUAUCAUUGCAGAAGAAGAGCCAUGGCGUCCUUUCAUAGUUGGCAAUCCCACCAGCAAGACACGGCGAGUCAACGUGCUCGAACUUGGCGGCAUGUCACGUUUCACUGAGAUCAGAAAGAGGAACAAACUCAUCGACGCUAACCAACAUCUCAACCGGGCCGCUUUGGAUGCGGGACUGGAUGCUCUGGACGACCAAAUCAGCGAAAUCGUGAGUGACAUUGUCAGUGACGCCAAAGAUCUUGUCAGAAGAAACAGUCAACAAAGUCAGCGCACUUCCCGCUCGCGGCGAAAUCAUCGAAGCGCGACAAGCGAGGAUGGUGAUCUUUCGUCUAUUGAGAUGAGCUCCAUGGACGACAGAUUUUCCCCGAGUGGCCAUCGUUCUCGAAUGCCUGCUAAUGUCUACAAUGAGCGAGAGUGUCUUCGGGGCCAGACGGUGAAGGAGGAAUGA